AGCAGGCAGCCUGCUGUGGAAGCGCUGGUCAGGAACUGGCCAGCAGGAGCGACACUUGGGAAGGAAUCUCCAAAACUUUUCCCAAAGUCUUUACCUGUCCGUUACGCGUCGUUUCCAGCUCGUCUGAUGUGAAAACGACGCGCAAUCAAGUGACGCUGAGCGAUGAAGUGGACGUCACCGAGGGCUUGGAGAAAGGAAACAUGAGAAGAGGGGGGGCAAAACUUGUGGAAUGAUGCCUGAGCGACUGCACGUUUUCCUACAAAGUUCAGCUAAGGCUUCCAGUGUUCUGUUCCACCACUCUGCAGUUUUAUCCACUACGACUCAGCUCUCCUGCCAUCACCUAAAACUUCAGGGAAGAGUCCCACAAUGAAAGUGACAGUGACAUUUGGACAAAUGGGUGUGGUGGUUCCUUGUAAAGAGGGAUGGACUGUGAGGGAUCUCAUCGAACAAGCCACCCUGAGAUACAGAAAACUACUGGAAAAGGAAGGGGAAUUCGUAGUUCGAACACACCAUGUUGAAUACUGCGAUGGAGGGAUUCUUGACCCUGAUGAUAUACUGAGUGAUCUUGUGGAGGACAAGGACAAGCUGAUGGCUGUGUAUGAAGAACAGGAAGCCCAAGAGAGGGAUGUAGCCAACACAAGCCCUUCCCCCAGCCAUGAUCGCUACCAGGCUGAGCUGUCUGUCUUCCAGCCAAUCACGGGAGGAGAGAUAGAAGUCAAUUCAUCAGCUCUCAAGUCAAACACCCCCCUGCUGGUGAGAAGCAGCAGUGAUUCAGCUCUCGGUACUCAGUCAGCAGAGCGUGAAUCCUCCCGCCAGGAAGAUGCCUCUGUGAUGGCUGUAAGUCCAGCUGUUGCAAGACCCCAAGUCAAAUAUGUUUUCAGUGACAGCCUGACCCGAACAGUGGAGAUCCUGGGAGGGGACAGUCCUUUGGGAAUCCACGUGGUUCCGUACUGCUCAUCACUCAGUGGACGGUCUCUUGGAUUGUAUAUCCGCGGAGUGGAGGAAGAAAGUCGCUCCAGUAAGGAAGGUUUGUUCCAGGAGGAUGAAUGCAUUGUCAAGAUUAACAACACAGACCUCAUGGACAAGACGUUUAGCCAAGCCCAAGAAAUCUUCCGGCAGGCAAUGCACUACCCCAUGGUCACUUUGGAAGUACUUUCCUCAUCCAACCGAGAACGCUUUGAGAAGAGUCUGAUCGGUCAGCUUUUUAGCAACAAUUCUAGUCCUGACAGCAGUUCCCAAAUUCCCAAAACCAAAGAGCCACCUCCGCCUGUCAAAGCCAAACCUGUGUUCAAGCCUCCCGAGAGUGCCAUUGUGAGAGUGUCAGAAGCUGCUGGCUCUCUGGAAGCUGCUAGAUCUAAAGGAGGGAGUGAGAGCUCGCUCUCAGAAAAAAGCCCUGCCCUUUCCAGUCUGAUGGCCAGUAAGAAAGGAGGACGCAGAUUAAGAAUUGACCUGAAGAAAGGUUCAGAGGGUCUUGGAUUUACAGUGGUAACUAGAGAUUCGUCAGUUCACGGUCCUGGUCCAAUUCUUGUCAAAAACAUUCUGCCACGUGGGGCCGCUGUCAAAGAUGGACGCUUGCAAUCAGGAGACCGCAUAUUGGAGGUAAACGGUGUUGACAUAACAGGUGUCGGACAGGACGAACUGGUGUGCAUGCUGCGAAGCACACGGCACGGAGAGAGUGUGUGUCUUGUGGUUUUACGACAAGAAGACAUGUUUCUACCCCGUGAGAUGAAAGAUGAGGGGUCCCAUGACUCUGGCUUAAUUUUGGAGAAUGGAAAGGAGCAGCUCAUGUUCGAAGUGCCACUCAAUGACUCUGGGUCAGCAGGUUUGGGUGUCAGCCUCAAAGGAAACAAGUCAAGAGAGACCGGAGAGGACUUGGGAAUUUUCAUCAAAUCUAUUAUACAUGGAGGGGCUGCUUACAAGGAUGGACGCCUGCACGUCAAUGACCAGCUGGUCGCUGUGAAUGGAGAGUCUCUGCUUGGACGCUCCAAUCAUGUGGCCAUGGAGACACUCCGCCGCUCCAUGUCACAUGAGGGAAAUGUAAGAGGGACCAUUCAGCUUGUGGUGAUGAGAGUUGUGAAGGAUCAACAUGGCCUGUCAUCCAGCUACUCAUUUGACAACUCCCCGAUGUUGCCUGGCUUGGUGAAUCAAGUGAAUGGUCCCACAGGAUUGGUUCAUCAAACGAACAUGAACAGCACACUUUACACAUCAGACGGAUCAUAUACAAGUUAUUCUCACAUGGAUGAAGAGGCAGAGCAGAAUGGACACGGAGCAGAGGCAAGAAGCUCUGCUCAGCAGUUCUCCUACCUUCAUGAAAGGGAAAUGACCCCAACCCAGUCUGAACUCCAGCAGCAGUUCCAGCAUUUAAAGGCCUCCAAGAGCAUAGACUUAAGCACCACUCCGAACCAGACACACAUUGUUGCAGAUGAAAUCCCUGUAGGAUCCCUGGUUAAAAACACUGCAGCUCCACAAACCCCUGCUGGACUUGGUCCGACUCUGGGCUUGAAAAAGUCCUGUUCACUGGAGAGUUUGCAAACUGCUAUGUCUGAAGUUAAUAGAAAGAUUGAACUCCUACCUUUCCAUCGCCCUCGUCCAAAUAUGGGCAGAGGAAGAGGUUGCAACGAGAGCUUCAGGGCAGCGAUCGAUAAGUCCUAUGACGGGCCACCUGAUGACGAUGACAAUGCAUCAGAGCAAAGUUCUGGACGGGAAACGCCAGCAAGUAGCUCUUCACGCCAAGGUCUAGGGGAUCCAGUGGAGGAGAAAAGUAAAGCGGACAAGAAAAAGAAAGUCAAAACCAAGAAGAAGGAUAAGAACAGAGGCAAAGGAAAAGAAAAAGAAAAGAAAAAAGCAGAGGAAUCUGAGGAGACUGAAAAGAAGUCUAAGAAAAUAGGCUUUGGCCUGUUGCGAUUUGGAAAGAAAAAAGAGGACAAGAAGGAGGCCAAGACAGCUUCGCCGCGUCAGAAGUCAGACAUUCUGACUGACCUGGACUUUGAAAGGAUGAAAGAAGAGCGUGAGAGAAAUGAGGCAGGACAUUCUGAGCUGCAUGAGCACCGCUCCAAAUACCAACACGUUGCAGGUGGCAGACACAUAUAUGAACAUAUCGAGGAUGAUGACGCAGAUCCCAAUUAUGCCCAAAUACAGUCUUUCAAGGACCGUAAUAUGGUUUCACCACCACAGCCACUGCUUCAGUCCUCGCCACACAAUAUAGUCCAGCAUGGUCAUCUCAGGACCCCUUCUCCCCAAGGCCCAUCAACCAUUUCUGGGCAAGCCAAUCGAAGUUAUGACCCAGGGGCAAUACCUGAAGCCGAAUUUGAUAAGCUUUAUGCAAAAGUCAACAAACCUAAAGGAACUGGGACUGCCUCGGCUCCUGUCUCUGCAACUUCCAGCGACAGCAACAUGGAUCGAAUCCAACUGCUAAAAAAAGAAUACCAGCAGGCAAAGCGAGAGGGAAUGGUGCCCACAUAUGAGGAAGUGGACCCUCGACGUCUCGGGCAUGAUAAGGACAGGAUUCCGGGCAGAGGGAAAGAUCAUCGAAUCGCGCCACAAUAUGAAGAGGUGGAGCGUCAGUAUGCCUCCCUGCCGAGACGAGGUCCAUUGGAUCCAGCUGAAUACACCAUGCAUCCCUGGGCAGGUCAUUACAUGAGUGUUCCCCAGGCUCCGCAAGGUUACCACAAGGCCCCGUCCUACCCCCACCCCAACUUGCAGUCCCCUCCAUCAUUCUCCAACUACCCCCCAAGUCAACCUUAUUCACGGCCAGGGGACCCUCGGGGAGUUGACUCUAGUUUUUACCCCCACCCAAGGGAAUUGAAUGCAACGGAUUCUUCUUCUGCUCAUGGUCCUCUUCAAUCAGCUCACCAAAGCUCCCAGCAGAGAGGACCUUUGCGACAGGAUGUGCCCCCAUCACCCACUCCACCGCUUCGGGGACUGCGGUAUGACACAAUGACCCGUGGAACUGCUGGUGGAGGCGCUUACAGGCACCUUGGGGGGGAUCCUAGUCCAGAACAGUAUGGCUACACCGGGGAGACUGGACGGCAGCAACAUCAGCACCAAACCAACCCAAGACAAAAGAAUGCCAUGACUGCAGCUGUGUAGAUUUGCAUCCAGAGAGGGAAAUCAGAAAAUACUCAAUAGUCUUUUAACACAAUGCUGUAUUCGGUGCACCAAUGAGUAGCAGAAAUCAAAGCUCAUUGUGCUGGAAUUCUGAUUUCUCUCACUAUCAAACGCAAUCUGCUGUUUGAAGUCCAGUGACAAGCGAGACAAAGGAGGUUAAUGGUAUGCUGCAAUACACGAAAUCGCUUUGUUUGAAGUCAUGAUAAUUGCCUCCCUUAACAAACGACAUCCACUAACUGUGUCUUUAGAACCAUGUCUGCUCUCACACCAGGGAAAUAUCAGUCAAUCAGUCGGCUGGUUGGACCGCCACUUCGGUUACAAAUGAACUCCAAUAUUGUUUCACAAUCAGGAUUUGAUUGUGUCUAAUGUACAACCAAAUACUGUCUUACCGCAAAACAUUCAGAUCCGUAGUUUUGGGCAUGAAUACAUUUACACGCAAGGCAGAGUCUGAAACUUUGUCUUUCUGCACUUACGAAUGAUGGCAUUGAAAUGGUAACGAUAUAACAGUUAACCACAUUUGAAUCCAAGUUUUAACCACUUCAGUUAAUGUGACGAUGCAAUAAUUAGUUCAAUUUAGUUUAUCCAUGAUUUUUCGCUUUUUUAACUUUAAUGUCUAUGUGCAUAUUGUAUACGAAAACUUUGAGUCACUCCAACUAGUCACACAAGUAGCACACAAACUGAUCAAGAUUAAAUAUUUGUCUUUCUGAAGACGAAUAGUGACAAAGGUCAGGACGUACCACUGUUGUAAACAGGCCCAAACCACUGUUCUGUUCGAAACAUAAACCAUUCGAUGGAAUACAUUUGGUUGUUUUUACGACCAAUAUAAUAAACUCUCACACUCCAGGCGAUUUCAGCAGAAUUCUUUAACUAUUUACCUGAAUGUGUGAUAGUAGUAUCAAAUAAGACAAAUUAAGUACACUAAAAAAAUAGGGGCUGUAGAAUUGGGGGGUAAAGGGAUUGCUAGAGGACUGGAAACAUUCCCCCUCCCACGCCCCCCACCCCCCUUUUUAUUUUUUUUUAAGUCCUAUCAGUCCACACUCUCUUUGGCCUGGUGAUGUGUUCAAGUACACACAGGAACCAAGCGAAAGGGUCCACUUAGUGUUGGCACACCAUUUAACCACUUGCUAAAAAGUCACUUGACAGAAAUAAGCGUUCAAACCUGUGUUAUCAUCUUUUCUAGUUGAACAACAUGUCAGUGGAUAAUACAUGCACCAAAAAAAAAAACAUUUCAGAAUCAGCUCAAUUGCUUUUGAUGAAACUCCACUGAAGCAUUUCAUUUUGGUUGCAAUUUUGCUUGUCAAUUUUGGCCAAAACAAGAGGGUACGAAUAAAUUGAAUAGAGGGCUAAGAAAUGAAACGGUGGUGUUGGAUGACGGUAAGGAUACACAAGGGGGAGGAAGAAUGUGGCUCAAAGAUGCAGUGCAGGAUUUCACGAAAGUGGCAACAGAAGAGUUUGAGUGAGAGUUUCGAGUAUACUGUAUCCUGGAAAUGUAACUCUGCAGUGGGAGGAAUACAUUUUUAGCGGUAAGGUUAAUAAUAGUUCUCUUCACUCCAGGUAUUACUGGAAAAAAAACGGUAUUGCAGUAUGAGUGUGAGCGUGGGGAAUGUACGAGUGUCGGAGAAAAUGAUCCAAAAGCAAAUUACCGAAGAGGAGCUCCACUUCACUGAGAUGUGAAUGUUACAUGCAGUCACUUUACUAUCAUUACAAGUCUGUGGUUAGUCUCAAUGGUCACUGACCAGGUGCGUCAGAAAAACUCCAGGACACAAAAGAUAUACAGUGGGGCCUUGAGAUAAGAGUUGAAUUUGUUCCGUGGCCAUGCUUAUCUCAAAUCAUCUUUCCCCAACGAAAUCAAUGGAAAUGCCAUUUAUACUUUCCAGCCUACCAAGAAAACAACCAUUUCUGUUUUUUUUAAUAAGGAAACUAGCCCUCUUUAAUAUUAUAAUUCAUUGAAAAAAUAUAUAGUAAUGUCGUUAUAGGAUGCAAAGAACAGUUCUGCCACAUUUCUUGCUUCAAUUCAAUGGACAUUGUGCUGCUCCUUUUGCAACUAGGCCACCAGGGGGCGGUAUGAGAUGAGCUCAGUUCAGCAAAGGCGUCUCAGAUUUUUGCUUGCAAAUUAAAGCUAAAAGUCAUCUGAGCGAAAGUUGUGUCACUGGUGUCCCAAGGUGCUCACUUGUUUGUAACUCCAGUCCUGGAACUUUUCUGACACAACUUGUACAAAGAACUAUAUGCAAUUCGUAAUUUUGAUUUUUUUUUAACUCCUUUUUUUUUUAUGAAUGUCUUUAUUAAUAUGGAUUCGCAGAUUGUUUCACAAAAGUCACCUUGCAGUCUUUAAGCACACGUUUUACACGAAUGAACAAGCAAAUCUUUUGUGAAAAGUGCAUACUGUUGCACGGUCCAACAUUCUGUAUGCAAGCUCUGUUCUUUUUUUUAUGGUAUAACCUAAAGGUACAUUCCAGGAGUCCCUUUUUUAAGACUUCUAUUGCUCACCGAAACCAGUGUAUGAAGGAAAAAUAAUAUUUUUAUGAAGUAUAUUGUUUGUAAAAUCCAUGAAAACAAAUACAACUGUCAUUUUUGUAAUGGUCACAUUUUAUAUUACAGCAUUUAUAUAACAUUUUUUGCAUUAAAAGUGUUUUCAACAAAA